AUGGCAUAUGCUUCCAUCGAAAAUGUAUGUUUGUUAAAAGAUCUUAAACAUGGAUUAAAGAAUGUUAAUGUCGUUUUCAUCGUGUUGGAAAUAGGUCGUGUGACUAAGACCAAGGAUGGCCACGAGGUGCGCUCCUGUAUGGUGGCUGACAGGACAGGUAGCAUUACCCUGUGUGUGUGGGAUGAAGUGGGAGGUCUCCUACAGCCUGGAGACAUCAUCCGGCUUUCACGUGGAUAUGCGUCACUUUUCAAAGGUUGCCUCACACUCUACAUUGGGAGGACGGGGGAGCUCCAUAAAGUUGGAGAGUUUUGCAUGGUUUUUUCGGAAGUUCCAAACUUCAGUGAACCCAACCCAGAGGUGCUGGCCCAGAUCAGUCAGAACAACCAAGGGAAUAAACCUGUCAAAGCAGAUGUUCAGAGUAACACAGCUGCCAUUCAGAAAACUCCACCAGGACCUGCAGGUCAGGGGGGGCGGGAGUGA